GCCACAGCUCUCAACAACCGAUUCCGGACAUCCAACCUCAUUCUUCUUCAUAUUUUGCUGUUUUGCGAUUCUUUCGAUCCUACUCAUCGAAGCGCAGCGGAAUAUCGGCUUGUUUCUAGUUUUCCCGUCACAGCUGUUCAUCACCGUCACCAUGCUUGUUACAAUGGUCGUCGAUGCCUUGAUUGUAGGUGCAGGCCCUGCCGGUCUAUCGGCUGCUCUGGGAUUGUCCAGGCAGCGUCGGACUGCUGUACUCUUCGAUUCCAAAGUGUAUCGCAAUGCGAUCACUCCACAUAUGCACAACUUCCCAACCUGGGACCACCAAGCACCAUCCGACUUCCGCGCAAAAGCACUGGACGAAUUGAUUCGUGGUCGCUAUAGCACAACCGAAUACGUUCAGCAACGCGUCGAGUCUGUCGAACAGAAUGAGUCUGGAUUGUUCGUUGCCAUUGAUUCCACUGGAAAGGAGUGGCAUGGCAGAAAGCUUUUGAUUGCAUCUGGAGUUACCGACAUCAUGCCUGAUAUUCCGGGUUUCAAGGAAACGUGGUUGAAUAUGAACAUAUACCACUGCCUCUUCUGCCAUGGUUUCGAAGACUCUGGCACCGACUCAGCUGGCGUCAUCGCAGUGGACAACAUGGUGCCCCCCAUGGCGGCUCACUUCGCCAAGAUGAGCAGGCCGUUCGCACGGAAAGUGAUUCUGUACACAAACGGCUCCAAGGAAGUCGCAGAAGCGCUGGCACCAAUGGUUCAGGAAUACUCCGAUAUCACCAUCGAUUCGCGCACUAUCAAACGACUAGUUCCGGGUUUGAACGGGGCUCAUCCAGCAAUAGAACUCGACACCGGUUCAACAUGCGAGUUGAUUGAGCACGGAUUCUUUGCGCAUCAGCCAAGAGCAACUGUAAACAUCGACUAUGCGCGCAAAUUGAACUUGAAGUUGUCUGAGACCGGCACCGCAGUUGCGACCAGCGUUCCAUUUCAUGAAACAAAUGUUCGUGGCUGUUUUGCUGCAGGAGAUAUCAGUACAAUGUUCCGAGCUGUCGCUGGAGCCGUAUCAGCAGGAGCGGCCUGCUCCGGAGGCAUCGUCAGCCAACUUUAACCUCAUGUACGAGGCGGUUUCAUGGAGACAAGUUCAUCUGAUGAGUGAUGAAUUUCUUCCCUCGAAGAUCAUGGCACAAAACUAUGUAUUACCGGUUCUCUGUUCACAUUCCUAUGUG